AUGGUAUCUGGCCGAGCGGUACGGUUGGACACCAUCAUCUGGCCUGGAGGAGAUCUAUCAGUAGCUGCAGUAUCAUCGCGAGCGAGAACCGUUUUUAGGGUCGUAACGGCACUUGCACCGCCGUUCGUUAUGGAAAGUGAAUUAGAUGAAGAUGGACAAUGUCUCAGAGGUCUUCCUUGUCAUCGCGUACUUACAUCCGACAAAGAUAACCUCACUUUGGUUUUCAACGAAAUGCAGCGAUUAGAAGACGAAGACGACGCACAAAUCGACCAAUCGGAGUACUCGGACUACAAGCAAUUUACAAGCGAUUAUACCGAUGAUGACGAAAGGUUUUUUCCGUUUCAAAAGUUUAAGUACAAAACCAACUGCUGCUACGGUUUAUCCAUGGACUUACUCGAGAAUGUUGCUCAAGAAUUAGAAUUCGAUUUUAGGUUGUACAUAGUCGCCGAUGGACUUUUUGGUUCAAGAAUUGUAAAAAGGAAAGGCAAAAGGAGUGAGAGGGAUGUGGGGAAGAAAUUUUUAAGUUAUAGGUUUAAAGACGAUCACGUGAAAUCUGAUCGUGUCAAGGAGCUGAACCCUGACGAAGUGGACAUCAAAUGGAACGGUAUUGUAGGGGAUUUAGUAUCGGGGGCAGCGCACAUGUCUUUUGCGGCUCUUAGCGUCUCCAGCGUAAGAAGCGAAGUGAUAGAUUUCAGCGUUCCGUAUUUCUUUAGCGGCGUCUCGUUUUUGGCGGCUCCACAACAGAAAUCCGAGAUACCACUAAUGGCUUUCUUGUUACCUUUUUCACCGGAGUUAUGGAUCGCUAUAUUUACAAGUGAGUAUUUUGUUAUUGGUUUCAGUUUUAAUCUGAAAAUAAAAUAG